AUGGCCUCCAACAACACCACCGGCGCCCUCAGCGCCAGCCAGGCGAGCAGGCUCCGCCACGAGCUGACGAUGCUCGCCGACCAGCGCGUUUUUCCGGUGCUGGUGGAGACCGCGCUCUUUGGUGAGCACUUCUGCAGGAUUCUGGGGAAGGUGCACGUCGGGUUGACACUGCUCGUAGCUGUGUUCACCCUGCUCUCCGGCUUCUCGACCUGGAUACUUUGCAAACGGGGGAUCCGCGCGUCAUGGUCGAACCGUAUCAUGCUCUUCUUCACCCUCGCCAUGUACGCCAUCUCCACGCUCGACUGGGCCAUCGACAUCAAACUUCUCCAGAACGACCUCCACUCGCUCACCCUCGUCGGCCUCGGCGUUCGGACCCCACCGUUCGGGCUCUCGAGCCCCGCGCUCCUCACGCUGCAAGGCAUCACGAGCGUCGUCUGCAUCAUCCUCGGCGACGCCGUCGUCUGCUGGCGCGUCUGCGUCGUGUGGGCGAACCAGCGGUGGGUCACCGCCAUGGUCGCCUUCUGGGUCCUCGGCUCGAUAGGCGUCUUCACCGCGUGGAGCGUCAUAUCUUCUGACGGUACCCCGUCCCUCGCCGAUGAUCCGUCCGUGCUCUCACGUCGUCAUAUCCCCUUCGGAACGUUCACCGCCCCCUUCCUGCCAUCUACAAAUGACCAUUGGUCUCGCGCGGGCGCGCGCCACAGGCGACAGCGCCGCGACUUCCGUCGCCACAUGCGCAGCUCGGGGCUCGCGGUGCACAACAUCCUCACCCUCCUCGUCGACUUCGGCGUCAUCUACACGAUCUUCAUGCUCCUCAACGUGAUCGUGCUCGCGCCGCAGCUCAACGGCGGCGUCUUCUUCUCCUACGUCGUCCUCUUCAUGCAGCAGAUCACCGGCAUGUACCCGACCGCGGUCAUCGCGCUCGUCGCGCUCCGCAAGUCCGCGCUCGAGCACCACUUCACGUACCCUCCGACCAGUCCUCGUUCCGGAGCCCCGCGCGCGAGGACUCGCUCCUCCCCUUCCACGUCGCCCCGCCCGCCGGCGCCCCACGGGCGGCACGACGACGCUCGACGGCGGCGACGGCGACGACGACCGCUGCCCGUCGUCCGCGUCCGCGUCCGGGUUCGGCGACAAGCACCGGCGCGUGCUGGCGUUCCGCCCCGGGGGCACGGGCGUCACGAGCGCGACGAGUGCGGCGAGCGAGAAGGACGCGUACGCGUCUGGGCGGGCGAGGAGGGCGAGCUGGAGAGCCCGGUCGAGGGCGUCGCGGAGCCCGAUCGCGAGGCGGAGAGAGACGCGGGGCACGGGGACGGGUGGGGUCGGCGAGGUAGUCGCACUUACGCCUACGCUACGCUUCAAAAUAUCCCUGGAUGA